AUGAUGGGAACUUUAGAAAAUAAUGAAAGUGAGAUCAUGUUCCGCGGCGGAGUGGUUGGCGGGUUGGACGCGAGGCGCGACGCUGCUCUCGCCCGAGUGCUGGUACGGCUGCAGGCGAGGGCCAGGGGCCUACUCGCUCGACGACGCGCAGAGCGACUUCGCACUCAGCACACGGCCGCCCGAUGUGUUCAACGCAACGUGCGCGCUUUCCUCGCGGUGCGCGACUGGCCGUGGUGGCGGCUGCUGGUGCGGGUCACGCCGCUGCUGGCCGUGCACAGGACCGAGCACAGGCUCAAGCAAGCACAGGACGAGCUGGAAACUUUACGUGCAAAGUUGGAAAAGGUCGAAGGCGAGCGCACUCACUACAAAAACGAAACCGAAAAACUUGAAACUAAGGUAAGACUU